AUGGACCGGAUUGUUGCAUGGUCACGUAAUGGAUCAAUGUGGCCACUAAGCUUCGGUCUUGCCUGCUGCAGUAUAGAGAUGAUGCAUGCCUCGAUGCCACGGUAUGACCAGGAUCGCUUGGGAAUCAUCUUUCGUGCGUCUCCUCGCCAGGCCGACGUCAUGAUUGUUGCUGGAACUCUCACCAAUAAGAUGGCUCCAGCUCUCAGACAAUGCUAUGAUCAAAUGCCAGAUCCAAAGUGGGUAAUAAGUAUGGGGUCCUGCGCAAACAGCGGAGGAUACUACCAUUACAGCUACAGUGUCGUGAGAGGUGUGGAUAGAGUCGUUCCUGUGGACAUAUACGUGCCAGGCUGCCCUCCGACUGCUGAGGCGCUGCUUUACGGAAUUUUCCAGUUGCAGAAUAAGAUUCGACGAACAAAAACAGUGAGAAUGUGGUAUCGCAGAUAG